GUAAAAUAAAUAAUAAUAACUAAUAGGUGAUAUGAAAACAUAUUUGAGUUAGACUUAAGUUUCGUAUUAUUAUUUAUUAAAUAGAAGAGAAAUUCAUCUAAUUCAAAUUAGAAUGACGUCAUUUACUAACAAAUCUGUCUUAAAUUUACUUAGAAAUUUACCUAGAAUAUCGAUUUCCAAUCUAAAAAAUAAUGAUGGUGCUGUAAAAAAGAACAAACGCGGACGAGCACAACACGGUGGUGAUAAACAUGGUGCCGGUAAUAAAGGUUCAAAAGCUAGGCAAAAUUUCAUGAGACCUGGUUAUGAAACCGGAAACAACCCGUUUUAUAUGAAAUUUCCUCGAGAACAAUAUUAUAGAGAUCAUCAAGUCAGAAGACAAUAUCCACCAUUAUCACUGUACAGUUUACAAAAAAUGAUUGACUUGAAUCGCAUAGAUGUUUCUAAACCUAUCGAUUUAUCUACUUUAUGUAACAGUGGUUUGUAUAAUAUUAAGCCAGAAGACAAACAUUUCGGAGUAAAUUUAACCGAUGAAGGCGCCGAUGUAUUUAAGGCGAAAAUUAACAUUGAAGUUCAGUGGGCUAGUGAACCAACCAUAGCAGCCAUAGAAAGAAAUGGGGGAGUCAUUACAACCUCAUUUUUCGAUGUUAAUAGUCUGUUCAUUUUGAUAAAUCCAUUAAAAUUUUUCCAAAGAGGUGAAGCAAUUCCGAGACGUAUGAUUCCGCCCGAGGAUGUAAUAUUGUAUUAUACAAGUGCCGCAAACCGCGGAUACUUGGCAGAUCCUGAAAAAGUAUCUUGGGAACGAUUUGUUUUAGCUCAAAAGUAUGGCUAUGAACUUCCGAAAAUUGAAGAAGAUCCUGACUAUGAAAUGCUCAUUGCCAGAAAAGAUCAGAGACAAAUUUUUCAUGGUCUUGAACCUGGAUGGGUUGUUAAUCUAAAAGACAAAACUAUACUUAAGCCAACCGAUCCUGAACUUCAAGAAUUUUACAGAAGUUAAAAUGGCAAUCUACAAUUAAUAA